UACAACCAGCUGCACCCAUCAGGGUGGAGCCAAACACUUGCGCACAGCAGGCACUCAGUCAGCUUUGUCCUCUGCACAGCUCUGAGGGGUCAUUUGUCAUUUAGCCAGUGAGCCCAGGAUUAUUGUUCACUGAUGAAAGACCCCCUGCUUAAGGCUGAGAUGUAACACUUUACAUUGACAGAGACUAGUCCACCCCCUAUGAUUGACACAUAGUAACCCUAUUCUGCAGCCUCAUCCUUUUUUUUUUUUUUUUUAUGGGGGUGGGGUGUUUCUUAUAUUUUGGAAACAGAGACGUGGCCUCGGGACAGCAUGUCGUUCUAGCCUGUUCAGCCCUGAAGAAAAUGUACAGAGACAUCUUGAUACGAGGAAGAAGUGAUGUGCCUUUGGAAGUUGAUGAGUCAGCAAAGGAAAGGCUGGCCGGAGAGCAGCUCUUGGUGGUCUACCUCUGCGGGCCAUUUGAGAUCAUUUCCAGACGCUUGUUGCAACGAAAAGGACAUUUUAUGCCGCCCGAGUUACUGCAGUCCCAGUUCAGUAUUCUGGAGCCCCCAUCAGGUCCUGAAAACUUCAUCCAAGUCAGCGUGGACCAGAGUCCCUUGGAGAUGGCUGAUGCCAUCAUGGAAGCGUUGCACACAAAGUAGUCAUUUUAUGCCUGCAGUUUACAGACAACUCUGGUUCUAAGCUCCUCACCAGUGGCACAGUCUAAAUUCCUAAUUGGAAACAAACCACAGUGUGUGGAGAUCCUUGUUUGACUGUGUUGGUAGGAGUUUGUGGUGCCAUUGGCAUCCUGCAGGUCUGACAGGAAAGGGGAGAAAGAUGUUAAAAGUUAAACUGAAACUCAAGUUUAAAUGUGUGUGUAAAGCAACCAGAUUGUGGUGAUUUGUUGAUGCAAUAACAAAUAAAGCUUGCCUGAAGAUCAGAGUGCA